AUGCGCACAUGCUCCUUCACCUUUCUUGCCCUCUGUCUUCUCGGUGCUGGAGGUGUUUUGGCGAUCCCUCCACCACCAGAGGUAGUAGCCAGAUUCUCAGAGACUCGAGCUCUGUGGAAUACCGUCUAUGGAAACCACGUCCUGCCAGGCCAGUAUACUUUGGCCCACCUCAAAGGCUUUUCCCAUGGUGACUGGCAAAACUAUCUCAUUCAGAAUGGCAAAGAUAUUGUCGCAGACGUAUGGAAGAACGCUCCCAGAGAGGAGAGGCUACGUAUCUCGAGUAAAGUCCUCAAGAUGGAGAGGUACGUGAGCAUACCCAAUUCCGAACCAACCGUGGAUGUCAACGCGGCUGUCACGAAGAGGAUCUCAGCCAAGUUGAUCGAAGGGUACGCCAAACAUCUCAAGGAUGUUGAGGAAGCCAACGCCCAAGCUGCAGCCUCUUCGUCGGCACCCGGCCUCGAAAAGGUCGUCUAUCGCCACAUGAAGAUGGGGAACGAAAACGUGCUUCUUCCCAAUCCCCACGGCCGCCAGAAUGUUUGGCAGUGA